ACACGGAGAUCCCUGCUCUCCACAAUUUCUCCGGACAGCGGUCUCAAGAUUCCCCGCCAUUAGAAGACGUAGUUCUUGUGGAGAGCUGGGAUGCUUACCAGAUGUGGCAGGGCAACAUGACGUUAACGGACAGACUCCGAGAACUAUCUCGCACCAAAUACCGGGAGCAAACUACAGAUCGCAUGGCAUGAUGGUAGGGAUCCUGGUAGAAUGAGCGGAAGACUUGUAUUGGCGUUUGUUUAUAUACCACGUCUACACCGUCCGCAUUUCUUGCUCCAUCAUCUUGCACAUUUCUCAAGCCUUCAAGAUGCGUCUCUCCACCCUCUUCCUCUCGCUCGUUAGCGUGGCGUCUACAGUUGUUUCUGCGCUCCCGCAGAAGGCUGAACAACCUACCUUCUCUCGCAACGUGAUCUUCUCGCCACCCAGAAACGCCAACUGGACCGACCCUGGUGUGCUUUACGCCCGCAGUGCGCAGCUCCCCGACGGUUCGCUUCUUGCAACAUGGGAGAACUACUCGCCUGAGCCACCAAAAGUUUACUUCCCUAUCUUCAAGUCGUCCGACGGAGGAAAGUCUUGGAAGGAGUUUUCGCGCGUUCAAGAUACUCAGAAUGGCUUUGGUCUGCGCUACCAGCCAUUCCUCUACGUGCUGCCCGAGAAGAUUGGUGGCUACAAGGCCGGCACCGUCCUGAUAUCUGGAUCCUCCAUCCCCACCGACCUUUCCACCACGGAAAUCGUCCUCUACGCAUCCAAGGAUGGCGGCAAGACUUGGGAGUUUGUUUCUUCCAUCGCAGCUGGUGGUGAAGCUCGCCCCAACAAUGGUCUGACUCCUGUUUGGGAGCCUUUCCUGAUGAUGAACAAGAAGACCCUCAUCUGCUACUACUCCGACCAGCGAGACAACGCCACCUACGGUCAGAAGAUGGUUCACCAGACUACCACCGACCUCAAGAAGUGGGGACCAGUCGUCGACGACGUCACCUACCCUACCUACACCGACCGCCCAGGAAUGCCUACUGUUGCCAAGCUGCCCAAUGGCAAGUACAUCAUGACAUACGAAUACGGUGGUGGACCAGUCAUCACAGACUCCUACCAGUUCCCUGUCUACUACAAGAUCGUCUCCGACCCCGAGAAGUUCGGCGAGGCUACUGGAAUCAGCCUGAAGUCUACUGAUGGCACUAUCCCUACUGGUUCUCCAUACGUCGUCUGGAGCCCUGUCGGUGGCAAGAAUGGAACCAUCAUUGCCAGCGCUCACAGCGGCACCAACGCUUCUGGCUCCGAGGUCUACAUCAACAAGGGUCUUGGGCAGGGACCUUGGAUCAAGGUCAACACUCCUGAGGGAAGCUCGUACACCAGGCACCUUCGCGUCCUGAAAGACCAGUCAAAGCUCUUGAUUAUGGGCGGUGGACAACUGCCACCUAGCAACACUAACUCGGUCACCGUUACCGUUGUUGACAUCAGCAAAUGGUAGAUGAGAUCUAUGGAGUGAUCACAAUGCUUAAAUAAACCCAAUAUCAAUAGCAUACGAAUUGAAAU